CUUGCGUGCCGAGAUGAGCGCAAAUAUGCGUCGGUCUGCCUGCGGGCGGUGCAAUCCAAAAAGCCCUUGGCGCGGGUUCCACGCUCAGCGUCCAGAAGCUUUGCUACGCUGAACAAUUCGGCCAAGGACCCUGCAGAGCUCGAUGAGAUCACGACCCUACCAAACGGAAUUCGAGUCGCCUCAGAGUCAUUACCGGGUCCCUUCGCAGGUGUUGGCGUUUACGUCGAUGCGGGAUCACGUUAUGAAGAUGCGAGUUUGCGUGGAGUUAGCCAUAUAAUGGACCGUCUAGCCUUUAAAUCAACCAAGUCUCGUACCGCAGAUGAAAUGUUGGAAGUUUUGGAGGCAUUAGGUGGCAACAUCCAAUGUGCUUCAUCACGAGAGACUUUGAUGUACCAGUCGGCCAGCUUCAACUCUGCAGUCCCCACCACACUGGGUCUCCUCGCUGAGACAAUCCGUGAUCCUCUCAUCACCGAGGAGGAAGUCCUCGACCAACUUGCUACCGCCGAAUACGAGAUUGGAGAGAUUUGGGCCAAGCCAGAGCUUAUCCUCCCCGAGUUAGUUCACAUGACGGCUUAUAAGGACAACACCCUCGGUAACCCUCUCUUGUGCCCUGCCGAAAGAUUGGGAGAGAUCAACAAGGCGACAGUCGAGCGCUAUCGUGAGGUCUUUUUCAACCCGGACCGCAUGGUGGUCUCAUUUGCCGGUGUACCGCAUGCCGAAGCUGUCAAGCUCACUGAGCAAUACUUCGGAGAUAUGCGAAGCAGCGACGUUGCUCACAGCAAAGGCCCAGUUCUAUCAGGCUCUGGGAUUGACACAACCCUCUCCGACUCUAAUGCUGCCGCCAAGGAAGGCCAGGUUCCCACGGUGCCCCAGUUCACCCCAUCGUCUACUCCGCUUCGCAAAACACCCACUCUUCGCUCCUAUCAAAGCUCCCAUUCCUCAAGAAACUCUCCACUUCAUCCCAAAACCAUGCCGCCUGUCGAGCCCCUCCACCCCUCUCUUGUCGAGUCCUCCGCGUUGGACCUUCGUCGCCCUGCACACUACACUGGUGGUUUCAUGGCCCUUCCUCCCAUUCCACCACCUGCCAACCCCAUGCUUCCUCGUCUCAGCCAUAUCCACCUUGCCUUCGAGGCUCUCCCCAUAUCAUCCCCCGAUAUCUACGCCCUAGCUACCUUGCAAACCCUGCUCGGUGGCGGUGGCUCUUUCUCGGCUGGAGGUCCUGGUAAGGGUAUGUACUCGCGACUCUAUACGAAUGUACUCAACCAGCACGGCUGGGUGGAGAGCUGCAUGGCCUUCAACCACAGCUAUACCGACAGCGGAAUCUUCGGCAUCUCCGCAUCCUGUAGCCCCACCCGCACCACGGAGAUGCUCGAGGUGAUGUGCCGGGAGCUGCAGGCCCUUACUCUAGAUUCCGGAUAUAGUUCUCUCCAAACCCAAGAGGUCAACCGCGCCAAGAACCAGCUGCGUUCGUCUCUGCUGAUGAACCUUGAAUCUCGCAUGGUCGAACUCGAAGAUCUUGGUCGCCAAGUCCAAGUACAUGGCCGCAAGGUUGGUGUAAAGGAGAUGUGCGAUGCUAUUGAGUCUCUGACUGUCGAAGACCUCCGCCGCGUCGCGCGCCAAGUCUUCGGCGGCCAGGUGCAGAAUCAAGGUCAAGGCACCGGAAAGCCCACUGUAGUCAUGCAGGAAGGCGAGCUAGAAGGAUACCGACGUCGGGCUUUCCCCUGGGAAGAAAUUCAGGAGCGAAUUGCGCGGUGGAAGCUCGGUCGGCGCUAG